AUGCGUCUAUCGAGCGUUUUAUUUGUGGCUGUUGUCGCUCUUCUAGCCUGCGGGGGUGGUGCCACGGCGACAGGCUUUUACCAGACGAAAAUCUCCCAUCUCGCGGCGGCGCAGUCGGCCGAUGCAGCGAUACCUGAAGGCUCGAGACUGCUUCGAACCGUCGAUGAGGACAGCGAAGAGAGAGUCAACUGGGCAAUCCCUGGCUAA